GGACGGACGCUUUCACCCCCGAACCAAAACAAAAACAGCCCUGUCAGUAGCUCCUCUGUCUGCUCAGACAGUUUCUGCUGCCUCACAAUGCCGCUGAAACCAUGUUUUAUCUACAGCAUCGGGGCGUCUUCUUUGCUCAUGCUGAUCAUCGGCAUCGCUUUAGUUUUAUCCAACGUGUUUCCAAAUCUUAUGCAGUCGCUGGUUAAAACGGAAGUAGUCCUGAGAAAUGGGACAGAUGCUUUUGAGGCUUGGCUAGAUCCUCCUGCUCCAGUCUACAUGCAGUUUUACUUCUUCAAUCUGACAAACCCAGAGGAGGUGCUGAAGGGGGAGAGGCCAGCUGUGAUGGAGAUUGGGCCAUACACAUAUAGAGAACACCGGCCCAUGGAGGAGGUGGUCUUCGGGAGUAAUGGGACUAGAGUUGCAGCCGUCAACCCUAAAACCUACUUUUUUGAGCGCAACAUGUCCAGAGGUCCCGAAAGUGACCUCAUCAGAACGGUUAACAUCCCUGCUAUGACAGUAAUGGAAAGAUUUAAGGAUAAUAAGGUUGCAGCCAACUUGAUCUCUGCCUACAUGCUCUCCCAAGAAAUUGGCCUGUUCACCACCCACACUGUGGGGGAGCUACUGUGGGGAUAUGAAGACGGCCUGCUUAAAGCCCUCAAAGUGGUUGAUCCUAAUCUGGAUGACAAUUUUGGACUUUUCUAUAAAAACAAUGGUUCAGACGAUGGAGAAUAUUUGUUCUUUACUGGCCAGCAGAACUAUAAGGACUUUGCAAGAGUGGACACAUGGAAUGGGAAAAGCUCGUUGGAUUGGUGGACGUCGGAUGAGUGCAAUAUGAUCAACGGAACCAACGGAGCUUCUUUCCACCCAAUCAUCAGUAAAAACGAAGUGCUCUACAUGUUCUCCUCUGACCUGUGCAGGUCUUUGUAUGCAGUCUACACCGAUGAUGUGAUUGUGAAGGGGAUCCCUGGCUAUCGCUUUGCCCCCCCCUUCGAAGUUUUUGCCAAUCUGACCGUGAACCCGGCCAACACGGGCUUCUGUGUGCCGGCCGGUAACUGCCUCGGCUCAGGCCUGCUCAAUGUCAGCAUGUGUAAACAAGGAGCUCCCAUCAUCAUGUCCUCACCACACUUCUACCAGGCUGAUGAGAAAUUUGUGAAGGACGUGUUUGGCAUGAGGCCUAAGAAGGAGGAGCAUCAGACUGCCAUUGAUAUCAAUCCACUGACUGGGAUCAUCCUACAAGCCGCUAAACGCCUCCAGAUCAACGUCUAUGUGGAGAAAAUUCCAGACUUCAGGCAAGCAGAGAAUGUGCCGACAGUGAUCCUCCCUGUGGUGUAUCUUAAUGAGAGCGUUCUUAUUGACGAUGCAUCAGCCAAGAAGCUGCAAGUGAUUGCUGUUCAGAAGAACGUCGUGGAGAACAUUCCCUUCAUGCUGAUUGGAGUGGGCAUCAUCCUGGGAGGAAUCUUUAUGUUUUUGAUGUGUCGACAGAAACUCCCAGAGAGCUCUGCAGCCGAACGUCAGCCCUUGCUCUCAUCCUAGCACUAAACAAAAUAUGUGAUGAGAAGAGUGGUGUUGCCAAAAACGCCAUUUUUUUUUAAUCUGGAGGUCACCACUCAUAACCUAUGCGUUUUCUUUUUAAUAUUUUAAUUCAAAGGCUUCGGGAAACCUAUGCGUCUGUAACGAGCAUUUAAGUUUGCUGUAUUGUUGCUGACAUUUCAUUUUUUUUUUAUAAGUCUUACCUUUUUAACAACUAAAUAUGGGAUUUUCAAUGAAACCAAGUACAAUUUUAAAGUAUUAAAACUAAUUGUAAUUCUUUAGUUAAAAAAUAAAAACAAACUGACAUUGCUGAUCUCUACGUAAAAUAUGCUUUAAGCUGUGCAUGAAACUGUUACCUUCAUGUCUCUACUAAUCAACUCACUCCUAUACCUUUUUUUUUAGGGAAAAGAAAAUCUGUUUUAAGGUUUUGUGUACAAAAAGGAUUUGCAAAUACAAUGACCAUUGAAAUAAUGUUUAAUGGUGUAUGUAUGGUUUGUAUAGACUAAAUGUUUUUAUUUGAGACAGCCUCAAAGGGUAUUUAUAGUUUACUCAAUGACUAUUUGAUGAUUGGAUCUGCGAGUUUCUUGCCUUUUAGAGUUGUAAUGUAAUGGGGAUUCAGUUGUUUGAAAACAAUGGCAUUCUACAUAACUUGAUUCUGACAAAGGCCCAAUCCCAAUGUUCUCUCUACUUACAACCACUAGCCUUUAUUCACUACUACUAGCCCACACCCACUACUAUUACAACUUUGAAUUGAAGCCACAAGGCAUAGGGCUUUGUAGGAAUUGGGACACCCCUCGUUACAUGUUUCGUGUUCUGGUGACUAAGCAACUGCGUAUUUACAUAUGCACAUGCGGAAGAUACGUCCAACCAUGAGAGAGCGGAAAAAAAGUUUUUUAAUAAAAUGGAAGAUAAAAAA